GACUGUAAAGCUUUGAUCGACACCGGUCGUGCAGUGGCUGGCACACCAUCAUCUCGCAUUUCAGCCAAACCGUAGCUUUUACUUUCCAAUGGCAGAUGCAUCUUACACUACUACAUCUCUCGACUUGUCCCACGUCCUCUAUGAUGCAUCUUCAAACCUGUCACUCGUCUUGGCACUUCUGACAUUGUCCCCUAUUCUUCUAAUGCCAGCCUAUGCUGUCCUAGCUGUACAGACCCGUGAGCUCACAAUCAUCAACAUGUGGGCUGGCCAGCUUCUCUCAGAAGCGCUCAAUCUAGUCUUGAAGCGUACCAUCAAGCAAGAACGACCCGUUGAUAGCAUGAGCGGCUACGGCUUCCCAUCUUCGCACAGUCAGUAUAUGGGCUUCUUUGCCGCUUUUCUUACUUGUCACCUUUACUACCGACAUCGGUUCUCUCCUACUGGAUGGACAUUUCUCGAUCAGUUAUGGAGAUUCCUGGUGUAUUUUGGAAUCAUGGCAUGGUCUAUCGUAGUGGCUUACUCAAGACUUCAUCUAAGGUACCACACGCCUCACCAGGUCAUUUGGGGGUUUGGCAUCGGCGUCGUCGCCGGUAUCGUACAUUACAUUGUGACCGAGCUGUUACCUGCCCAAAGGCCGCAGUCGGUGUAUGGGCAGGCUAGGAGAGCUCUCCUCGCAAAUCCUGUCUCCACGUGGCUUCAAAUUAGGGAUGGGUGGGCAUUGUGGCCUGAUGGUGGUCGAGAGCUGGAAUGGAAGCAGUGGAGGGCAGAAUGGAACAAGAGAUCGGACUCUACAGCAAAACGCGCGGAUUGAGGGUCUUCGUCUGUAUCAAGGGAUGAAGGAGACAGUAAUCUAGGGAAUUCUACGAUACCAUUGUAAUCUUUUCGGUGUUCGGGAUACAUGAAGCACAUACCAUUAACGCUAACGUC